AUGUCGAAACUUGGACGUCUCGUAGAAUGGAAACAUGAGCAUGCUACUAUUGAAGACAACAUGUUAGUCCAUGAAGCUGCCUUGCCAAACGUUCACAAAAUUUCCUCAAACGGCUCGGUGGGUGGCCUCAUUAGGAAUAUGAAUGGUGACUGGAUCAUUGGUUUCAAUAAACCGGUUGGAAUUUCAACGCCUCUUCAAGCUGAACUUUUGGGAAUUUUAGAAGGACUUCAAUUGGCGUUUUCCCAUAAUAUCGAACGCCUCCAAUGCCAAAUCGACAGUGCCGAAGCUCUUAAACUUGUCUCUUCGCCAAUGGCUAACUGCAGUCCAAUAGCUCUUGUUCGCUCUAUUGCAAAUCUCAUCUCAAAGCAAUGGAAAAUUGAAUUCAUCCUCAUUCGACGUGAUAAAUCUGCGAUACAAUGA